UGUUCCGUUCCAAGGAGGCAUUUCAAGCUCUCUGCAGUUUCUCUCCCGGUCAUCUUUGAAGUUCUGCAGACCAUCAGAGUUUCCCCUUCCCUUCCUUUGCAUUACAGCCCACACACACCUCCAGGUUAUGCUUCCUAUGAAGUCAUCAUCCCAAAGCAACUAUCCUCAAAGGCAGGCAGAGUUGCCAGGCAUGAAAAAUCCUACAUCAUCAAGGCGGAAGGUAAGAACUAUAUCGUUCACUUAAAGCAGAAAGCAGUCCUCCUAAAAAGAAUCCCAGUCUUUACGUACGGCGACAAGUUACAGGUGAGCUAUCAUAAGAUGCAAGGUGACUGCUACUACCGCGGUUAUGUGGAAGGGGCCUCGGAGUCUUUGGUGACCCUCAACACUUGCGCGGGACUCAGGGGUCUUCUUCAAAUUGAGAGCUUAAUGUACAACAUUGAGCCUGUGGAGGACUCCUCUACCUUCCAGCAUGUUCUUUAUCGCUCAAAGGAAGACGAUCCCAAUUCGAGAACGUGUUGGCUAAAUGGUACGGAGAUACCUACUCUGGUGGCUGAAUCCAUACGAGACCAUAUUUCACGGAAACAGGACACUUAUCCUGGGGAACACUCAAAGUACCUGGAGCUUUUCAUACAAGUAGAAGUACAGUUGUAUCGGCAUUAUUCCGACAAUGUGCUUACCACCACCCAACGCAUGGUACAACUCAGUCAAAUGGUGGAUGACAUGUUUUCUGCUCUUGGUCUUCGUAUCCUCCUAGUGGGGCUUGGGAUCCGGACAGACCAGAACUUAGCUCCAGUUACUAGCUUUGUGGACGGCCUGUUAGCCUUUAACGAGUGGCGAAUCAGGAAAGUGGUCCCUCGAUUGCCGCACGAUGCAGCUUUGCUCUUAGCUUAUCACCGUAAAGGACCCCUUCUUGUGACACGCUCGUUAUUUGGGACUCUCUGUGAUGUGAAACGUGCACUGGCCUUUGUCUCAAUCAGGAAUAUGCCGUUGGAGGUGUUCACGAUUGCUGUUGCACAUGAGUUGGGGCAUGUCAUUGGCAUUCCAGACGACCGAUCCCAGAGCUGCUGUUGUGCACCCAACCUGAAUUGUAUUAUGGCUUCUGAAGGCCCUUUUGGUAAGAAGCCGCUUUUCAGCAGCUGUUCCGCAGCGAGUUAUGUGGGAGUCAUCUCGUCAGGGAAGGCCCUAUGCCUGAACAACAUCCCGCGGAUCACAAAAACCUUGACACAGCAUUCUUGUGGGAAUGGCAUUGUAGAUGAAGGAGAAGAGUGCGAUUGUGGGGACAUAUUUUUGUGUAACCGAAGGGCGUGUUGCCUAAAGAAUUGCAGACUGGCGCCCAGGGCUGUGUGUACUACCGAGCCGUGUUGCAAACACUGCAAGGCGGCAACCACAGGAACGGUGUGUCGGAAGAGUACCAAUGAAUGUGACCUCCCCGAGUACUGCAAUGGAACAUCCCUGGAAUGCCCACCAGAUGUUGCCGUGCAGGAUGGAACACCGUGCAGGGAUGAUGGAUACUGCUAUGCCGGGACCUGCUCAACCCCCACGCUGCAGUGCCAGAAGAUUUUUGGGAAGGAAUCUCAAGGUGCUCCCUUCUCUUGCUUUGAGAAGGUAAAUUCAAUAGGGGAUCGUUUCGGCAACUGUGGUGGUGGAGGAGGAGGGCACGGGCUACUGAGCAGCUUCCAGAAAUGUGAACCUGAACAUCUAUUGUGUGGACGGGUGCAGUGCACCAGUGUCAAGAGGUUACCCGAUUUGGACGACAACGUGACGAUCGUUCAGACACCCGCAGGCAAUGCCCGCUGCUGGGGAUUAGGUUUCCCUUCUGGCAUUCCUCUGACGGACAUGGGUGCCGUGGACGAAGGAUCCCCCUGCGGCCACCACAGAAUUUGUGUUAACCGGAUGUGUCUCCAAAUAUCGGACUUGGUGCCCUCCAACAUCACCUGUGACCCUCUCGUUAAUUGCUCUGGGAGAGGGGUUUGCAAUUCCAAGCAUAACUGCCACUGUGCCUAUGGCUGGGCACCCCCAAAGUGUCUCUCCCCUGGCUAUGGGGGAAGCAUUGACAGUGGACCUGCCCCAUGGUCCGUAUCCUAUAGCUAUGCAACCUUGGCGGUUGAAAUUCUAGUUGCUGUGUCUGUUGGCUUUGUUUUAGGAGGUUUUGCCAUACUUCUCAGAAGAUCUGUGUGGACCAGGUCUGCGAUCCAUCAGGAAAGUCAAAGCACACAUGCUAACAUCAGCAUCUCUUGAGUCAAGUGAUGCAACCUUGAGAGGGAAACCACUGGAGAAAAUGGCACUGCUCAUUGGAGAAAGAGUGGUGGAUAUAAAUACAAUACUAAGAAUAUAGAAA